CCGCCGGGAGCCGCUGUCCCGGGCCUGGCCCGUGCGCGUCCGCCUUCUGGACCACGGCACAGCCAGCAGCCUGGGCACCGCGCCGGACGCGUGCGCUGACCUCGGCCUAGGAGGCCUUAGGAUCCUGGAGACGCUCGCGUCCGCGGGGGCCUGAGAGUCGCACGCCCUCCGCGAGCUUCUGCUCGCCGCUCCUCGGCGGGGCGAGGUCAGGUGCCCCCUUCUUCUCUUCCUCCCUUCUCUCCUCUCCCUCCCCCGACUCCUGUGACCGUGGGAGAUCCCGCCCACCCCCUCCUGCAGGGGUGUAGCAGGCUGCGGAUCUGACAGCGGCCCCGCAGCCACCUUGCCCAAACUCUCCGGAAGCGGCCAGCGCUCAGGCCGCCGCAGCCUCCGCGGACCCACGGUUGUCCCCAAGACGCCGGCCCUUCUCUCCAAACUUGGAGCCCUUGACCUUUGGCUGCCGGAGGAGGCAGGCCCGCAGGUGGCCGGACAGCUGCGACGCCGCGAGGGCAUCUUGCCUGGGGAUCGGCUGCUCUCCCGGACUCCCAGACUCCCGGCUCUGCCUUUGGGAUCCCAAGGUGUCUACAUUAGGCGCAUGUUGACUGAGACCUAGAGCCAUGGAUGUGUGCGCCCGUCUUGCCCUCUGGCUCCUCUGGGGGUUCCUCGUGCAUCAGGGCCAGAGCCUCAGCCACAGUCACAGCGAGAAAGCGGCAGGAGCCGGCUCGGGGGCCACUUCUGAGGAGUCCACUGCAGCAGAGUUUUGCCGGAUUGACAAGCCCCUGUGCGACAGUGAGGAUGAGAAGCUAAGCUUUGAGGCAGUGCGCAACAUUCACAAGUUGAUGGAUGAUGAUGCCAAUGGUGAUGUGGAUGUGGAAGAAAGUGACGAGUUCCUGAGGGAAGACCUCAAUUACCAUGACCCAACAGUGAAACACAGCACCUUCCAUGGUGAGGAUAAGCUCAUCAGCGUGGAAGACCUGUGGAAGGCAUGGAAGUCCUCAGAAGUGUAUAACUGGACCGUGGAUGAGGUGGUGCAGUGGCUGAUCACAUAUGUGGAGCUGCCUCAGUAUGAGGAGACUUUCCGGAAGCUGCAGCUGAGUGGCCAUGCCAUGCCCAGGUUAGCUGUAACCAACACCACCAUGACAGGGACUGUGCUAAAGAUGACAGACCGAAGUCAUCGACAGAAGCUGCAGUUGAAGGCCCUGGAUACAGUGCUCUUCGGGCCUCCUCUCUUGACUCGCCACAACCACCUCAAGGACUUCAUGCUGGUGGUGUCUAUCGUUAUUGGUGUGGGCGGCUGCUGGUUUGCCUAUAUCCAGAACCGAUACUCCAAAGAACACAUGAAGAAGAUGAUGAAGGAUUUGGAGGGACUACAUCGAGCUGAACAGAGUCUGCACGACCUUCAGGAAAGGCUGCACAAGGCCCAGGAAGAGCACCGGACAGUGGAGGUGGAGAAGGUCCAUCUGGAGAAGAAGCUGCGUGAUGAGAUCAACCUGGCCAAGCAGGAAGCCCAGCGGCUGAAGGAGCUGCGGGAGGGGACAGAGAACGAGCGGAGCCGCCAAAAAUACGCUGAGGAAGAACUGGAGCAGGUUCGGGAGGCCUUGAGGAAAGCAGAGAAAGAGCUGGAAUCACAUAGCUCGUGGUACGCUCCAGAGGCCCUUCAGAAGUGGCUGCAGCUGACACAUGAGGUGGAGGUGCAAUACUACAACAUCAAGAAGCAAAAUGCUGAGAAGCAGCUACUGGUGGCCAAGGAGGGGGCUGAGAAGAUAAAAAAGAAGAGAAACACACUCUUUGGCACCUUUCAUGUGGCCCACAGCUCUUCCCUGGAUGAUGUAGAUCACAAAAUCCUAACAGCUAAGCAAGCACUGAGCGAGGUGACAGCAGCACUGCGGGAGAGGCUGCACCGCUGGCAACAGAUUGAGAUCCUCUGUGGCUUCCAGAUUGUCAAUAACCCUGGCAUCCACUCCCUGGUGGCUGCCCUCAACAUAGACCCCAGCUGGAUGGGCAGCACACGCCCCAACCCUGCCCAUUUCAUCAUGACGGACGACGUGGAUGACAUGGAUGAGGAGAUUGUGUCACCAUUGUCCAUGCAGUCCCCCAGCCUGCAGAGCAGUGUCCGGCAGCGCCUGACGGAGUCACAGCAUGGCCUGGGAUCUCAGAGGUUGGUAGAGGGCGAGGCUGGCCACUUCUUGACAAGCCGGGUAUCUCUGCGGCGAAUGCGCAGCCUCUCAUCUGGACAGUCUUUCAGUUCUGAAGGCCACGGGACCAGUCCUCCAUCUGCCUCUGCUUCUUCCUGCUCCUCUUCCACCAUCACCACCACCACCACCACCACCAACACCACCACCAUCACCACCGUCCAUGUCCACCCUGUUUAUUACCAUCACAGCACUUCCUAUUACCUCCAGAUGGAGCCCUACCCCGACCCAACCCUUUCUGACAGCACCGCUGUGAUGCCUGGGCAUUCAGAGAGCUUGGGGGAUUUGACCCAUUCCGAUUCGGAGUCCUCCCUCCACAUGAGUGACCGCCAGCGUAUGGCCCCCAAACCUCCUCAAAUGGUCCGCACUGCAGAUGAGGUUCUCAAUGCCAUGAUUUCCAAUAGCAGCCACCGGCUGAUUGAGGGAGUCCACCCAGGACCUCUGGUGGAGAAACUGCCUGACAGCCCUGCCCUGACCAAGAAGACAGUACUGGCGCUGAACCACGGGCUGGACAAGGCCCAUAGCCUCAUGGAGCUGAGUGCCUCAGCCCCGCCUGGUGGCUCUCCACUUUUGGAUUCUUCCCAUUCUCACAGCUCCAGUUCCCCAGAUCCAGACACGCCAUCUCCAGCUGGGGACAGCCGAGCCCUGCAGGCCAGCCGCAACACACGCAUUCCUCACCUGGCUGGCAAGAAGGCUGUGGCUGAGGAAGAUAAUGGUUCAAUUGGUGAUGAGACAGACUCCAGCCCAGGCCGGAAGAAGUUUCCCCUCAAAAUCUUUAAGAAGCCACUUAAGAAGUAGGCAGCAUGGAGGUGGCAGUGGUGGAACAGCUCAUCCUUCCCUGGGUCAUCUGCCUCCUCUUCCCUCCCUUCAUGAGAUCUACCCUAGAGUGGGGUAGGGAAGGUCUGGCCCGGGGGUCUGGGCACUGUACAUACCUGCCCCCUCAGCCUUGGGUCCUUCAUCAUUAUUUAUUAACUAAACCACCAUGGCCUGCCUGCCCUGCCUCCUCCCACUAUGGGCUGCUGCUGUCACUCCCUCCCCACUUCAGUGCAUGUCUUAGUUGCUGUUCCCUCAGCUCCCAGCUCCACCUCUGGGGUCCAGCUUCUGUCUUUGCUGUCCCAGUUUUGAGUUUUUAUUUUUAUUUUUUUGUUUCUGUUUCCAGCUUUGAAGCUCCUCCCUUCCACCACUCUCCGACUUCCCCUAGCAGUUGCAGGGAAGACAGGAGGAGUAACUUCUGACACCUGUGCCUCUGAUUGGACCCAUCCCCGCCCAUAAUAGUUCUUUUUGCCCCAGACUGGGACCUAGGGACUAAUCUUGGGGAUUUGUUCUCUGGGAGUGUGGUGGGCCAAAGCUACAAGCUCAUCCUGGAGCUCACUUAGGCCUCCAGGGGCCCAUGGGAGAGUGAAACCAAUUCCCAGAGAACAAGUCACCAGAGAAUUUUGAGAGGCCAGGCUUGGGAAUGGAUUGGGAGAGACCUGCCUUGGUCAGUGGAUGUGUGGAUGCCAGAACUAUGGGCUAUAAGGCAGUCACCCUUUCUUUCCCACCCAUUCCUGCCUGCCUCUUACCCCUGCUCGGCAAUACUGCAGGAGGGUUUGUCUCUGAGAGGUGCUGCCCAAAGCUUCCCCAAUAUCAAUACUCUUGGGGCUCAGGAUAAUUGGCUCCCCUGCUAUGAGGGCCAUAGCCAUGGCACAGGGCUCUGAUGGAGCUCCGGAGAUGUUGGGCAAGGAUGUUGUUGCUUUCGAACCAAAAGACAAAACAAUUUAAAAGAGAAAAAAGAAAUCUCCUGAAUUUCCCAAGUGCCUGCACCGCAAACUCCCUUUGUCAGACCCCAUUUAUGUUACUGCAUAGCCUGGGCCAGAGGCUUAAAAAGGACACACCUGGUUUGGGGAAGGGGUGGCUAAAGAAGAUGGGGUAGGUGAAGGUGGCUGUGUUACUUCCCCCCAACCCUUCCCCUCCUCUAGCCAACUCUCUCCCUUACCUGUUUUUGCUAUGGCUGAAGAGAUAUUUUCCCUCUGCCCCACUCCCUGCCAUGCCUUUACCCUGGGAUCCUUUUUUGGGUCUGGAGUGGGUGCAACUAGAGCUGGUCUUCGGAGGGUGCUGGGCUGCAGACUGCCUUGUACCCCCUGGAAACCUCACAUGGGUUUUUCUGUGUUAAUUCAUAAGACUCUCUGAAGUCCAAUAAAGCAUGUAGGAGAUUUUAA